AAACGCUACUCCAUCACCAAUCAAAUCCUUCGUUCUUUCUCCCUCCCCUCUCUCUUCAAAUCUUCUUUAAACUUUACCCUUCAAAACUCGUAAAAGAUUUUACUACCCUUUUUUUUCUCGGUAGACAACAAUGUCGUCGUCGCCACCACCAAGGGCUACUCCAGCCCCCACAUCACCACCAUCUACCAAUUCUACCUCCCCUCCUCCGUCAUCUGCCGCAUCUCCGCCUCCAUCUACCUCUUCAACUCCGCCACCCGCCACCCCAUCUCCCCCUACUCCCUCUGCCUCAUCACCUUCCCCGUCAUCCUCUACUUCCCCAUCUACUCCAACCACUACAUCUCCACCACCACCGUCAUCCUUUAGUCCUUCCCCUCCUUCUCCUUCUGCAUCAACAACUCCAAGAGGUUCAGGGACUCCAUCGCGACCACCACCUUCGAGGAGUUCGGGAAAUCCAUCGCGACCACCACCUUCGAGGAGUUCGGGAACUCCAUCUCGUUCGUCGCCGCCAUCUGAAUCGAGCAAUGGGGUGUCGACAGGACUGGUAAUUGGGAUAGCAAUAGGGGGAGUGGCGAUAUUGUUGGUUUUGAGUUUGUUUUGUAUAUGUUGUAAAAAGAAGAGUAGAAGAAGAAGAAGAGAUGACGAAAGUUACUACAUGCCUCCCCUACCUCCUGGGCCUAAAGAUGAUCCGUAUGGUGGCCAGCAGUAUCGGGUGCAACAAAAUCCUCCACCGCCUGUGAAUCAAUCCAGUGCAGUGCCUACAAAGCCCUCACCUCCACCAGUUACAGCAUGGCGUCCUCAGGCAAUGCCACCGCCUCCACUUUUCAUGAGCAGCAGUGGAGGUUCUGGCUCUAAUUAUUCAGGUUCCGAGAACCCACUUCCACCACCUUCACCUGGUAUUGUGUUAGGUUUCUCCAAGAACAGAUUUACCUAUGAAGAAUUAGCAAGGGCAACAGAUGGCUUCUCAGAUACUAACCUUCUUGGACAAGGUGGUUUCGGGUAUGUGCACCGUGGAGUACUCCCCAACGGGAAGCAAGUAGCAGUCAAGCAACUGAAGGCUGGAAGUGGACAAGGGGAGAGAGAAUUUCAUGCUGAAGUUGAGAUUAUCAGCCGUGUUCAUCACAAACAUCUUGUGUCAUUGGUUGGAUACUGUAUCUCGGGGACUACAAGAAUGCUAGUUUAUGAGUUUGUUCCCAACAACACUUUGGAGUUUCACUUGCAUGGAAAGGGGCGACUUACCAUUGAUUGGCCAACUAGGAUGAGAAUUGCUUUAGGGUCUGCAAAAGGACUGGCAUAUCUUCACGAGGAUUGUCAUCCUAAGAUCAUUCAUCGUGAUAUUAAGGCGGCUAAUAUUCUUUUGGAUUUCAAGUUUGAGGCUAAGGUUGCUGAUUUUGGACUGGCAAAGUUCUCUUCUGAUGCCAACACUCAUGUCUCUACUAGGGUGAUGGGUACUUUUGGGUAUUUGGCUCCGGAGUAUGCUUCAAGUGGAAAACUCACAGACAAGUCAGACGUUUUCUCUUUCGGAGUCAUGCUUUUGGAAUUGAUUACUGGACACAGACCUGUUGGCUCUUCUUACAGGGAAGACAGUCUGGUGGACUGGGCUAGGCCAUUGCUCACACGAGCUAUGGAGGAUGGAAACUAUGAGAGUCUGGCUGAUCCUAAAUUACAGAAGGAAUAUAACCACAAUGAAAUGACUCGUAUGGUUGCUUGUGCUGCUGCUUGUGUGAGACAUUCAGCAAGACGUCGUCCCCGGAUGAGCCAGAUCGUCCGAGCUUUAGAAGGAGAUGCGUCAUUGUCUGAUCUCAAUGAAGGAGUGACACCUGAACAAAGCAGUGUCUACAGCUCUUAUGAAAGCUCUGACUAUGAUACAAACCAGUACAAUGAAGACAUGAAAAGGUUCAGGAGGAUGGCAUUGGACACACAGGAAUAUGCUGCUAGUAGUGAGUACAGUGAAGCCACCACUGAAUACGGUUUAUACCCUUCGGGCUCAAGCUAUGAAGGCCAAACCACCAGGGAAAUGGAGAUGCGGAAGAUGAUGAAAAAUAGCCAAGGUUUUAGCGGAAACUCAACCUCGUAACGCAACAUACCUUACACUGUAAAGAUCCCAUCCUCUUGUCGUUUUCAUACUAUAACCUGGAUUGGCUUGUAUUUAUUGAGAUACCCCAUACCACUGAAAAUUUUAGUCCCUCUAAUUUUUAAACCAAGGGUUUUCAUUGAUUUGUAAUUUUUUUUAGUGAUUCACACAAAUAGUAAAUGAUGCAUACAGUUUGCCUGA